AGUGGCCGGGCUGCUGACUCUCGGAGCCGGGCGCCUGAGCUACAGGACACUGCGGCGGCCCCCAGCCCCACCGCGCCCGGAGCCGGACCCCGCAGCCCGCCGCUGCUAGCCAGCCGCGCCAGCCCGGCCUUGGGAAGUGACGGAGUCCGGAUCACCAGCAUGGAGAGCGCCCUGACCGCGAGGGACCGGGUUGGGGUCCAGGACUUUGUGCUGUUGGAGAAUUUCACUAGUGAAGCUGCGUUCAUCGAGAACCUGAAACGGCGCUUCCGGGAAAACCUCAUCUAUACUUAUAUCGGGCCUGUGCUGGUCUCCGUCAACCCUUAUCGGGACCUCCAGAUCUACAGCCGACAGCACAUGGAACGUUACCGGGGUGUCAGCUUCUAUGAGGUCCCCCCCCACCUGUUUGCCGUGGCUGACACGGUGUACCGGGCCCUGCGGACCGAAAGAAGGGAUCAGGCUGUGCUGAUAUCCGGGGAGAGCGGGGCAGGGAAGACCGAGGCCACCAAGAGGUUGCUGCAGUUCUACGCCGAGACCUGCCCAGCCAGCGAGCGAGGAGGCGCUGUGAGGGACAGAUUGCUCCAGAGCAAUCCUGUGCUGGAGGCCUUUGGAAACGCCAAGACCCUCCGGAAUGACAACUCCAGCCGGUUUGGCAAAUACAUGGAUGUCCAGUUUGACUUCAAGGGGGCCCCUGUAGGUGGACACAUCCUCAGUUACCUCCUGGAGAAAUCCCGAGUCGUUCACCAAAAUCACGGGGAGAGAAACUUCCAUAUCUUCUAUCAGCUGCUAGAAGGAGGGGAGGAAGAGACUCUUCGAAGGCUGGGCCUGGAGAGGAAUCCCCAGAGCUACUUGUACCUGGUGAAGGGUCAGUGUGCCAAAGUCACAUCCAUCAAUGACAAGAGUGACUGGAAAGUGGUGAGGAAAGCUCUUUCUGUCAUUGACUUCAAUGAAGAUGACAUUGAGGACCUGCUGAGCAUUGUGGCCAGCGUGCUGCAUCUGGGCAACAUCCACUUUGCCGCUGACGAGCAGAGCAAUGCCCAGGUGACCACAGAGAACCAGGUCAAGUACCUGACCCGGCUGCUACAGGUGGAUGGCUCAAUGCUGAAGGAAGCGCUGACCCAUAGGAAGAUCAUUGCCAAGGGUGAGGAGCUCCUGAGCCCCCUGAACCUGGAGCAGGCUGCAUAUGCCCGGGAUGCCCUGGCAAAAGCCAUCUACAGCCGUACUUUCUCCUGGCUGGUUAACAAGAUCAAUAGGUCACUGGCUUUCAAGGACCCAGAAUUCCCCAGCUGGAGAGGAACCACGGUUCUGGGGCUGGUAGACAUCUACGGCUUUGAGGUUUUCCAGCACAACAGCUUUGAGCAAUUCUGCAUUAAUUACUGUAACGAGAAGCUGCAACAGCUCUUCAUCGAACUCACCCUCAAGUCAGAACAGGAGGAAUACGAAGCAGAGGGUAUUGCUUGGGAGCCGGUGCCGUAUCUCAACAACAAGAUCAUCUGUGACUUGGUGGAGGAAAAGUUCAAAGGCAUCAUCUCCAUCCUGGAUGAGGAGUGUCUUCGCCCUGGGGAUGCCACGGAUCUGACAUUUCUGGAAAAGCUUGAGGACACGGUGAAGCACCACCCACACUUCGUGACGCACAAGUUGGCUGACCAGCGGACAAGGAAAUCCUUGGGUCGAGGUGAAUUCCGUCUGUUGCACUAUGCUGGGGAGGUGACCUACAGUGUGACAGGGUUUCUGGACAAGAACAAUGACCUCCUGUUUCGUAAUCUUAAGGAGACCAUGUGCAGCUCUGAAAACCCCAUCCUGAGCCAGUGCUUUGACAGGAAUGAACUCACAGACAAGAAAAGGCCAGAGACGGCGGCCACACAGUUUAAGACAAGUCUGUUCCAACUGGUUGAGAUCCUCAUGUCCAAAGAACCCGCCUAUAUUCGCUGUAUCAAGCCCAAUGAUGCCAAACAGCCUGGUCGAUUUGACGAGGUGCUCAUCCGACAUCAGGUGAAAUACCUGGGGCUGAUGGAGAAUCUGCGGGUACGGAGAGCUGGCUUUGCCUACAGGCGCAAAUAUGAGAACUUCCUCCAGAGGUACAAGUCCUUGUGUCCCGAGACGUGGCCUACCUGGGACGGGCGACCACAGGAUGGGGUAUCGGUCUUGAUCCAACACCUCGGCUACAAGCCUGAGGAAUACAAGCUGGGCAAAACCAAGAUCUUCAUCCGCUUCCCCAAGACGCUCUUUGCCACAGAAGAUGCUCUGGAAGUGAGGAAGCAGAGCUUGGCCACAAAGAUCCAGGCAGUAUGGCGGGGAUACCAUUGGAGACAGAAAUUCUUACGAGUGAAGCGUGCAGCUAUCUGCAUCCAAUCAUGGUGGCGUGGGACCCUGGGCCGGAGGAAAGCAGCCAAGAGGAAAUGGGCUGCCGGCAUGAUCCGACAGCUCAUCCAAGGCUUCAUCCUUCGCCGUGCACCCAGGUGCCCUGAAAAUGCCUUCUUCUUGGAUUUCGUUCGGUGCUCCUUCCUGCUGAAUCUGCGGCGGCACUUGCCCCGGAACGUGUUGGAUAAAACGUGGCCCACCCCUCCCCCUGCCCUGCAUGAGGCGUCCGAACAGCUUAGGGAACUCUGCAUGAGGAACAUGGUGUGGAAAUACUGCCGCAACAUCAGUUCUGAGUGGAAGCAGCAGCUGCAUCAGAAGGCUGUGGCCAGUGAAGUUUUCAAGGGCAAGAAAGACAACUACCCCCAGAGUGUCCCCAGGCUUUUCAUCAACACGCGACUUGCUGCCGAUGAGAUCAGCCCCAAAGUGCUCCAGGCCCUCGGCAAUGAGCCCGUCCAGUACGCAGUGCCUGUCGUGAAAUAUGACCGGAAGGGCUACAAGCCUCGGGCCCGGCAGCUGCUGCUGACCCCCAGCGCCGCGGUCAUCGUGGAGGAGGCGAAGAUCAAGCAGAGGAUCGAGUACGCCAACCUGACGGGUAUCUCUGUCAGCAGCCUCAGUGACAGCCUUUUUGUCCUCCAUGUGCAGAGAGAGGACAACAAGCAGAAGGGGGACGUGGUGCUCCAAAGCGACCAUGUGAUUGAGACGAUAACCAAGUUGGCCCUGAACGCAGACCGGGUCAACAGCAUUAACAUCAACCAGGGCAGCAUCACCUUUGCCGGGGGUCCGGGCAGGGAUGGCAUCAUUGAUUUCACCCCCGGCUCCGAGCUCCUUAUCUCCAAGGCCAAGAAUGGGCACCUCGCCGUGGUGGCUCCCCGGCUGAACUCCCGAUGAUGGUGGACCACAUCUGUCCGGACACUUCCUGCCCCUCCACGCCCGCUUUGCUCACCCGCCCACCCGCUUGCUGCUGCCCCAUCCCCCUUCAUGGUAACCAAAGACUUUCACUUCCAUGCUUGGAGAACUGGGUGCGUCCCGGGUCUGAAGGGGGCCCACGUGGCGCCUGCCUCGCGUUCCCGGAGCCCUCCCUCUCACCCAGAUCCCGGCCCCCCAUCGGCUUCCUGGUGGACGUGGGGGGCCAGACCGGGAGCGGGGCUGAGGGAUGACGGGGGCCAGGGCAGAGCCCCGUGACCGACGCCAAACCAGGGGGAGGACACCUUUUGCUGAGGUUUUUUUCCUGCUGAGUCAUUUUGAUGCUUUAUAUGAGAUCAUUUUUUUAAGCUACUCAUUCCCUGCCACCGAGACACGCUGGAUGUGCUCUGGCCAGCCCUGCGGGGGGCAGGGGUCCCACCAAGAAACAGUCGGGGGCUGGAGGAGGAGGAGGAGGCCUGGGGCCCAGCCGCCCCCUCCAUGCCCCAGCACCAGUUACUCCCUCCCUCUUCCUGCCCCCCCUCGGGGUCCCACCCAGGCCCGUCAUCCCCGGCCACGAGGGGCUGGGACCCGUCCUUGGUCUGCUGCUCCUUUCUGCCUUAGUGAGGCCCCGCCCACCCAAGACCUCUUUCCCAGGAGGACGAGGCACUUUCACCCCCACUCCCACCCCCCCCACACAGGAGCUGGUCCCUGGGAGAGGCUCCUGCUGCGGGGGAGGAAGAGGUCUUGAACAGACCAGGGUGGAGGUGACAGAAGGGAGGGACAGGCAGCUUGGGUGGGUAGCGGAGAGAACUUGGCCCGGCUCUAAAGGCCCUUAUUCCCUGUGUGAUAUUGAAAUCAUUUUGUCCCGUGGCUUCUCCCUCCUCUCCUGCACAGUCAGCAUCAUAGGAUUACUCAAAGGGAUUGUAGGGGCCAUCCAAGCUCCCCUCUGAACUCACAUCUGUGAUUAUGGGGGUCCAAUGGUGCUUAUUCCGAAGCCCCUGCCCAAUGGAAAACGCUCCUUGUUCAAAGCCCCUCCCCCCCAGAAUCAGUAGCCAAGAUGGGUAGUUGUGAGAGUUGGGUUGGGAAAAAUGGUCCUGGGGUCCACGGUGUGACUCUGUUCACUGCUUUGCUGCUCCCCCUCCCCCAAUCCACCCUCAUCCUGUAGGAUAAGGAAUGACUUUGGGAUAAGAAGGAAAGGGGGGGUUAUCACUUAUCUCUGCUGCUUCUCCACCCCACUCCCCAUUCCCACUGAGGGUCAGGAGGCCCUCGAAGCAGCCUGUGCUCUCCCUUGGGAUCCUGGGGACACUGCCAACACUUGCAACCCCAACCAACACUAAAUAAAACGAUUAUGUUUUUGCAAA